AUGUCAGAUCGGAAAAAGGUUGUUUGUUUUUUUAUCUUAUUUCUUGCUGUUUACUCGUUAGAAUCCAUCGGCGGAUUUUAUAUGGCAAGUGCUGUGGUAUCAAUAGAAAAACAGUUCCAAAUUCCAAGUCGUAUGUCUGGACUGAUGGUUUCAGCUAGUGAUUUUGGCUACAUACCAUUUGUUGUUUUUGUUAGUUAUUUCGGUGGUAAGGGUAAUCGCGCUCGAUGGAUUGGUGCAGGCUGCUUAAUGAUUGCGGUUGCAGAUAUUCUGAUUAGCAUGUCAAACUUUUUGUUUCCAGUAAAAACUGCUGUUCUUAAUUCAACUUUUAUGGGUAAUUUAUUAAGUUAUUGCAAAAACAAAUACUUAAAUUCAGCAAAAUCUGUUAAAUUCUUUAUAAUAUUUUCACGUAUUCCAGAAUCUCACUUGACAAGUAAUAUGAGUCGCUUAGAGAAUGAUAUGCAGCUAAGCGAGUUUUUAAAUUUUGUUGGAAAUUCUUCAAUAUCAGAAUUACAUCAGUUACUGACUAUUUUUUCAAUACGUGAUAACCAAAAACUUAAAAACCUGCUUACACGUUUUUUUACGGUUGGAGCAUAUUUUCACGAAAUUUGCAUAUUUUCGGUUUUUGUUGCAGCUGGUAUGUUUUUCAUUCGCGUUCUUGGUCCCAUUAUGGGGUUUUUUAUGGGUAGCAUUGCUAACAAUUACUACUACAGUUUUGAUGUUCCUCCUGGAUUAACACCCCGUGACCCAUUAUGGAUCGGUCGAUGGUGGGCUGGAUUCCUUACUAUUGGCGUGAUAAUGUUUGCUCCUUCGUUAGCUUUAUAUUUAUAUCCAACUUGUAUUAACUAUAAGCCUGGAACUAGCUUGUAUAAAAAGCAUUCUGACAAGGAUGUCAAGAAUCAAGAACUCCCGGAAAUUCAGUUGUUGGUUUCCCAAAAGAAGACAGUAAAUGAGAAAAGUACGCGAAGCCAAGCGUUAGCAUUGGUUGAUCGUCACGUUUUAAGGGACGAAUCUGGUAAUACUGUUGUACCAAAUUCCAUGAAAGCAAAAGUAAUUGAUUUCGUUUGCGCAGUUCGAACCAUAAUGAAGUCACCGGUAUAUGUUGCAUGUUCAGUUGCUCGUAUUGUAGAUGUGUUUGCGUUCAAAGGAUAUUUUGUUUUUCUCCCAAAAUAUCUUGAAGUGCAGUUCGGCCUACCUCAGCACAAAAUUAAUCUUUACAUGGGUCGAAAGGCAGCAGCACUUGUUGUUAUUUGUUCAUUAAUCGCUGCUUUAUUUUCGCUUCAUAAUGCAACAGUUGAUUGUAAAUCAGCGCUUGGUUUAGUCGGCGAUAAAUUUAGGUCAGUAAAUCAAAACUUCACCACAUCAUGUAAUUUAGAGUGUAAAUGUGAUUAUAUGCCAUUAUAUCCAGUUUGUAAUCGGAAUGGUGAGCCAUUCUAUUCUCCAUGUCAUGCCGGAUGCCCGUUGGAUCAAAGUUUUAUUCAACCUUUUGUUGGCAAAGCUUUUCAAAACUGCAAAUGUUCCAAUACUGCUGAUCGUGAAGUUUCUCGAGAUUUUUGCAAUCAAAGCAUAUGUGAGACGAGAUUUUUCAUGUAUUUCGAGAAUAUGGUAGUCUCGGGAAUUUUCGGAGGAAUGAGCAUUAUCCCAGCAAUCCUGAUACUUCUGAGAUCGGUGCCACCCACUGAUCGCAGUAUAUCUCUCGGUUUUCAGGGAUUUCUUGUUAGCUUAAUCGCAACCUUACCGUCUCCCGUUUUCUGGGGUUGGAUUAUUGAUCAAUCAUGUAUACUGUGGAAUACCGUAUGUGGACACGAAUCACGAGGUGCUUGUACCUUGUAUGAUGCAGAUAAAUUACGAUUAACAACUCAUGUAACCUACGGUGUACUGAGGUUUGCUUUUCAUUUCAACUGAAC